CUGUACUCGAACAACGAGCUAGGUGACUGCAAAAGCCAAAGAGAAACUUAGGGGCAUUUUAAACCCUAGUGAAAAAAAUUACAAUAGGAGAAUCAAGAAGAUGAACUGAGGACAAUUUUGAUACAAAUAAUUACUUUGAAAAUAACGAUAAACAAAACAAAUACUACUUUUACGGACAUUUUAAGUUUGGUCGGUUGUUAUUUUCCUAUUUUCACCGGGAAGCUGCGUCUGAGCCAAACGAAAACUCGCGGAAGUUAGUUACCCAAAGUACUCAGAGUUCAAGGUUGUCUGCAAUAUCAUCCACGACAGGUCACACUGCGACUAUGGAUUCAGGCGGCAAGCAAGUGACCUUUCAGUUGAUGCUGGCUGUGGGAACAGCGGUUAUCGGCUCGCUGCAGUUUGGUUACAACUCAGGUGUCAUUAACGCCCCUCAGAAGGUUAUUGAGAGUUUCCUCAACGAGUCAUGGACAGUUCGAUACGGCGAGGAAAUCUCUAAGACCACCCAAACAACCCUGUGGGCCCUCUCUGUCUCCAUCUUCUCUGUUGGCGGUAUCUUCGGUUCGUUCUCUGUGGGCCUGUUUGUAAACCGCUUUGGCAGGAGGAACUCCAUGUUCAUGGCCAACGUGUUGGCCUUUGUCUCUGCCAGUCUGAUGGGCUUCUCUAAGAUGGGUGGCUCGUGGGAGAUGCUCAUCACCGGGCGCUUUGUGGUGGGUCUCUACUCGGGCCUCUCCACUGGCUUUGUGCCCAUGUAUGUGGGUGAAGUGUCCCCUACCGCCCUCCGAGGAGCCCUGGGCACCCUCCACCAGCUGGGAAUCGUCAUAGGCAUCCUGAUGGCACAGGUGUUUGGGAUGGAGUCUAUCAUGGGCAACGCGUCUCUGUGGCCCUUCCUGCUCAGCUUCACCUUCAUCCCAGCCCUGCUGCAGUGUAUCCUGCUGCCCUUCUGCCCAGAGAGUCCCAGGUUCCUGCUCAUCAACCGCAAAGAGGAGGACAAGGCCAGGUCUGUCAUGAAAAAGCUGCGUGGAACCACAGACGUGACUGCAGACAUGCAGGAGAUGAAGGAAGAGUCAAGGCAGAUGAUGAGGGAGAAGAAGGUGACCAUUGCAGAAUUGUUCCGCUCGCAGCUGUAUCGCCAACCAAUCCUCAUCGCCAUCAUGCUGCAGCUCUCCCAGCAGCUUUCUGGCAUCAAUGCUGUCUUUUAUUUCUCAACCAGAAUCUUUGAGAAAGCCGGAGUGGCCCAGCCUGUUUAUGCUACAAUUGGUACUGGCGUGGUCAACGUUGCUUUCACUGUGGUGUCGCUGUUUGUGGUGGAGCGUGCUGGACGCAGGUCUCUCCACUUGCUGGGGCUGCUGGGAAUGGCAGGCGCCGCCGUGUUGAUGACCAUCGCUUUGGCUCUGCAGGAACAACUACCGUGGAUGUCCUAUGUGAGCAUUGUGGCCAUCUUUGCAUUUGUGGCGUUCUUUGAGAUCGGCCCGGGUCCCAUCCCCUGGUUCAUCGUAGCGGAGCUCUUCUCCCAGGGACCCCGGCCCUCUGCCUUUGCUGUGGCUGGCUUCUCCAACUGGACUGCCAACUUCAUAGUGGCCAUGACCUUCCAGUAUGCAGAGGAGUUGUGUGGCCCUUACGUCUUUGUCAUCUUCAUUAUACUGCUUCUCGGCUUCUUUAUCUUCACCUACUUCAAGGUGCCUGAGACAAAGGGUCGGACUUUUGACGACAUCUCUGCCGGAUUCCGCCAGUCGGGUGGCCCUGGGGUAGAGAAGCACUCGCCUGAAGAGCUUAACAGCUUGGGGGCUGAUUCUCAGCUCUGAGCACCUAUCCCUUCAUUCCCCCACACUCUCACUCCCCACCUUCUGAUGAGUCCUUGCCCUAAACCCCCUGCACCUCCCCAGCCUGAGGGGACCAGAAGGGCUCACUCACUAACUGCGUGCAAACCGCUUGUUUACAAUUGAACUGACUACUAAACUGACAUACUGGCUGUCUCCCCAAUUUGGGCAUCUUCACCAAGCAGAGAACUGACACCCUUACACUCUGCUUGAUCCCGUCAAAAUGUUUCUUGUUUCGAGUCUGUUCUUAGCAAAAACUUUUUCUGGGUGCAAUGGCAGAUUUUAGAAGGUAAAGAGGAACUAUCUUCCCAGUUUAAACCAGAAAACAGUCAAUUGUUAUGUUGGUUUCUCAUUUUGUCAUGGAUAUCCAGGCUUAGGUCUUUUAUGCAAGUCUAAAUUAUUCUCAUUAUCUCAGAAUUUUAUAUUUUCUUUUAAUACUUGAUGAAUACUUAAAUAAUGUUUAGCAACAUUGGCCAAUUUUUAGCAAAUAUUGUGACAUUUAAUUUUGUACUUCAACACGAGCAGUGGCAUACAUGUGAACCAUUCUCUUAUGGUAUUGCAUUACAACUGUAGUUUUCCAGUCUAGAUAGUCUCAACAUUACAAUAUGUUUUAUUUUUCUGUUAUUACAUGAACCAUCGGUAUAUGAACUAGAAGAUUUGCAGGAUUAAUGAAGGCAUUGCAGGCCAUGUACAAUUUAUUUUCUAAUAAUUCUCUUAAUCACCAUGCUAAGUUUAGUGAAAAGAAAUAACUUGGGUGAUUACUUAGUUUGCUGUGUAAAUGUUUUAUGUAAUACCCGUACACUGGAGUAGGACUGCUCGAUUAUCAAUCAAAAUCACAAUUUGAACAAGUGAUUUUGGCAUUUUAUUUUUUACACUCAAUCAAAAUAAUAAUUAUUACUGGUGUGCCAUCCUCGCUAUAAUCAUCCAUAUUAACGGCAAGCGAACGGCAUGCGAACGCAUGAUCGUGUCAGUCAAAUGAUAUCCACAAGCGCUCUUACAAAGUGUUCUCCUAAGGUUUGCUAUCAAUUUAUACAAUACAUUGUUCUGAUCACACCUCUCACAUGUCCCAAUUUAUAAGUGAGUCAAACUGACAACCGAAAAUAAUUCUCAUUAGGGAAAAAUAGAUGAAAAUUAUCAGAUGACUAUUGUAUUCUUAAAUAUCCCAAUUCCGUAAUGGCCCUGUAACUAACAAAGUAAUAGUCACAAUCCUAUAAAAUAAUAACACGUGCGGGUCGGGGAGAAGUAGUAUUAGUGGUGCAGGCACUCUAAACAGCACAUUCUAAGUUCAGUCAGAAACAGCGAAGAUGUGGCAUAGAGCGUACACCGAAAGAACAGUGCAUAGUAGGCCGUGCGUUUAGGCAGAGGUAGAGGAUCGAUUAAGAAAAUAAAUCCAGAAGACAAUGUGAUAGAGACUAUGAUUUGGUGCCAAAAAGUUAUUUUGUUUGGGAAUAUUUCGGUUUCUAGAGAGAUGUCACAAACGAAUGCAAUAUGCUAAACCUGUAAGACAGGGGUUGCAACAACAUGCGGCAACACAUCAAACUAAUUUCAACACCUGAGACAGUGCCAUAGGGACUUAAAUGAAAAAUGUGUGGCAAAGAAGUCCCUUGACAAAACCAAAAAUACAUCGCAAACCUAGCCAAGACCUGCCAAACAAUUUAAAUGAGUUUAAUUUGUAAACAUUCCCAAUAGUGCCUUGUCUGUAUUUAUUUGGUUUACAUGUUCAGACAGAAUACUUCCCAUAAUACAUUAUAUUUCAUUUUUAUUUUGGAGAAGCUGAGGCAGUGGUAGGCUACCGUCACACGACACACACCCCUAUUUCCUCCAUCCUUCUUUUGCAAGCCAAACACACAUGAUAAGAGCUCACCGAGACAUGAAGUAAUAACAGAGCCAAUCACGUUAUUUAGCCAAAGAUGUGCUCUAAACCAAAUCAAAAGGACAUGUUAAUUAUUAUCAUAUCAUAAGUCGAAAUGCAAUAUAAUUUUUGUCCAUAUCGUGCAGCCCUACACUAGAAUAAUACUAAGAUCAUAUUUUUCAGAAGGUUUUCAGCCUUGCUUUUAGCCCCUUUGGGAUCCAACUUCCAAAUAAUGUUUCCAUGUAUCUAGAAACUACUUUCUUACUAGGAGGUCUUUUGUCAUUUGCUCCUCAAUGUUUUUGAAUUGGAAGGACUGAUAUUUUAGUUAAUUUCUUUUUUUUUUAGCUCACAAUCCGGUUUAUUCAGCAGACACCUCUUAAUGUCAAAGACUACUGUGUCAUAUGAAAAUGUUUAUCUGUCUUAGGGAGGUUGGUUUUAAGGAUUUUUUUGGCCGCAGUUUAUCAACCACAAUGUUAGUUGUUAUUUCACUGACAAUUUGUAUAAUGAAAUGUAAGUAGAGCAUGGCUCAACAUGUUCUACAAUAUGUGAAACCUUUUGUUACUGAAGAACUACUGUUAGUUAAUUUCACGUUUUUAUUUGCUUAUACUAAAUUGCCAACCUAACUUAUCCUUGCAUAUAUAGAUCUGUUAUUUGAAAUCAAAAGGCAGAAUGUUUGUAUUAGCUUAUCCAGGCCCAUGGUUUUAGUAUUUCACUUUGACCCCUAACAGAAAGAAGGCACAUUGCUUGUAAACAUUGCUAAAUUCACAUGCAUGCCAUCACAUGCCAUCACAUGCAUGCCAGUCUGAGUAUGAGGCUUUGAAAUGCAAUGGGUGAUUUUACAACUGUUUCCUCUCUACUCUGUCCUCAAUUUAUUAGUUAAACACUCAUUGCAGCCUCAUUUAAUGGCACCAAACGUCAGGAUCAAUGUAAGCCACAAGUCAUCAGGUUAAAGGAUGAAUCUAGUCACAAAUGACUUGGCCAUCAUUUAAUCAGGCCUGAUGAACACCAACCUUGUUAUGAAGAGCAUAAUAGGCAGAUAUAGACUGAUAUCAAAUGUAAAAAAAAAA